GGGUGACAAUUCUGUAGCUCCGCCACAAUACCAUCUCUUACUUCUUCUAGAGAGAUAGGUCCUGAGUCUACCUACACAAAUACAAAUAAAAUGCAAAGUCCAAUAUAAGGGAAAGAUCAUCGGUUAAGUUUGUAUGGGGUCAAGGGUUUACCGAUACACCGGCCCAGUUCUUGUACCAGUUCAAGGGCGAUAACUUCUCGGCACUUUCGAAACCGGAAAUAACGUUUUUCCAUCGUCAACAAACAACAUGUGCAGUAUCGUGUGUGUCGCUUGUUGAAAUUGUAAAACACAAUGUCGGACCCUAAUUUCAGAAGAUGUCUGCAAGCACUGAGAUCCGCUCAGUCAGACAAUGAACGGUUUGCUGCGUUAAUGAUGGUGACCAGGGCAGUGAAGGCCGAGGACUGUGAUGAGGACAUGAAAAGAGAGAUGUUGGAUGCCCUUGGAUUCCGCUUCCUCACACGGCUCAUGAAAACGGCCAAUGUUCCUGAAGGAUGUCCUCCAACCAUAUACAAGUCCAUCGCUCUCAGCAUCCUGGCCAGCUUUGCUCAGGACACACAAGUGCUGUCCAGCAAAGAGAUGAAACAACAAGUGUCAGUAUUGAAUGAGAUCAUCCUAUGCAACAUCAGUGGUGAUGAAGAUGACCUGGAGGUCAGCCUGCUGUCUGACUGCUACGACUGUCUGCAGGGCAUGCUACUGUCUCCAGUCAGCAGACAGUACCUCAUACAAGGCGGGUCGGUGUCAGCCCUGGUAGAAGUCAUUGUCUCACAGCGAACAGGUCAUGACAAGGCCUGUGAUCUUAUGGUGGAGCUGCUGAGGUGGGAGAGGGCCGGUGUAUGGGCUGGAUACCCAGGGAUUGCACAGAAGCUGCUACAGUAUCUGGUCUCCAGAUUCAAGACAUUAAAGGAUGCCACCAAGUUUAAGAUUGGUGAAAUUCUGACGUUUGUGUUGUCCACAGUAGAGAAGGAAGAAGAUGAGUACAAAUCACCAUGGUUACAGGAUCUGGUGCUGGAGAUCUACAGUAUCAUUAGAAGUAAACUCGACAGUAGACUGAGAGAUUCCACACUGUGUCUUGCGGCCUCCCUGGUAGGCUGUCAGGGUGUGGCCUGUCUCCUGCCACCCAUCACUGAUGACCUGAAGAUGCUUCUGUUGCUCACUCACAUGGCCUGUAUAGAGGUUAGGAUGGUGCUGGAAGAUGGGAGAAUUGAUGAGGUGAAGAGAAAAGCUGGUGUGGUGUGUUCAUGUUAUGGCCUCCUAGAGAACAUCAUUGGUCACAUGACUGCCGGAAUGUCCCUGGGGCUGGAGAAGAAGCAGGUGCUGCAGCUUCACUCUGCCAUGCUCGGUGCAUUCAACAGUGUCAUCUUCUUCUUGUCACAGGUCUCACAACAGCAGAUAGAGAUGCCCAGGACAUCCCUGCUAGUGACAGCAUCAGUGCGGGUGCUUGGGGCAUGGCUUGCAGAGGAGACAUCAGCACUCCGUGAGGAGAUAUACAAUCUACUUCCAUUCCUUCUACAUAUAUGCAAGGGUCAGGUGCAAAGUAUUCAAGGAAAGCAGGAUGAGACAUUAGAGACCGCUCCCAGUUUAGACAGUCUGAAACUGGAUUCCCAUGCUCACAGAGAGACACAGCAGGCAGUUACUCCGAAGGUCAAAGCUGAGAACACAGAUGUGGAUCACACAGCAAGUUCUGAAGGUCAAGAUCACACAUCUGUCCCACUCAACUCAGCUACUACAGAGGGUGAAGGACAUCCUGUAUUGAGUGCAGACAGCCCCCCGUGUCCUGGUACGGACCAGUUCUGCACCUCUGACCAGUGUUCCAGCGUAGACCAGUGCUGUGGUGUGGAUCUGGUGCGGUUCCUCCUUCCUGGUUUCUGCCACCUUACAGCAGAGGACAAGUCACGGACUAUCUUAUUGGGUGAAGGUAUUCACAUGUUUCUGCUGGAGUAUUUCCGUCAACAGAUGAUGUACUUCCUGGGCAACAGAGAUGACCUAGAUACUAAGGAGUGUAUCGCCAGCCUGUGCGGGAUAUUCUUGAACCUGUCUGUCACCGAGCCGGCCACAGCAUCCUCCCACCACAAGUUCCACCAACUGCUGGACCUGGUCUGCCACUAUCUCACCAAAACAGUGCACGACUUCAACUUGCUGGUCAUGUCGGGAAACUUUGUCACCAUUGGGCUCAUGCUGCUUCGGCACCAGAAUCACAGAACUGACAUCCAGCCUGAGGUGAGGGACCAGUUUCUGGCAGGGAGUAUCAGCUUCCUGAGUAAGUGUCACUGUCGUGUCAGUCAGAAGCCCCCCGCCCUGGGAGUGUCAGAGACGUAUCGUGGAGUGUGGGAGGACAUCUCUGAGCUGUGGUUUCUCUCCAUGCAAAGUUUGUGUGCCCUGGUACCACUGUACCAAGAUGUUGCCAAACUCAUUCUCAAGUCCGGAUGGCUGCCUGCGCUCAUCAGAAUGUUACUUGGGGUAAAAGGAGAAGGAGUGGAUCCCGACACGGAGACUGCCUUCCUGUCUCUCAUCCUGACCCUGGCAUCCCGUGAUAAACCAGCCAGACUCGUCAUCCGGGAAAAGAGGGGGAUAGAGCUGGCCCACAUGUACCACUGUGAUGACCUGGAGAAGGCCUUGACUGAUGUGUGAAGUCGCCAACCAUCAACAGCUACAACACCAUCAACAGCUGCAACACCACUAACCUGCCGCAACAGACUAUCAAUGCAACAGAUGAGACACGACCCAUGUAAACAAUGACAUGGGAGACUAUCCACGUGACAGAUGACAUGGGAGAGUAUCCACGUGACAGAUGACAUGGGAGACUAUCCACGUGACAGAUGACAUGGGAGAGUAUCCACG